AAUACGGAUAGGCACGACAGCCUACGAGCGGAGUACUGUUAAGACUGGAUUGCAGACAACAACUACCGCCUAUCAGCUGGACAGGGACGUUUCUCAGUGUUUUGCUGCGCCACAUCUAGUUUGGUGUUUACGCUUGGACUUCGCUUGGCUUCGCGGACUUGUAGCCUACACUAAUGUAGGUUAAUAGUUUUAGCGGUGUAUGUGACGCGACUUAUUUCCUUACUAUUGCUGUUCAAUUUCGGUUUGUUUUCUCUGGGUUUGUUGCGCAUGAGUAACUUUUCCCUUGAAACUUCUAUGUGACUCUUGGAUUGGACUUUCUAUUGCUAUUAUGGCUGAAGCAGCCCAGCGACAGUUAGUGGAUAUCGACCCGGAUUUCGAGCCCCUCUCCCGGCCUCGGUCUUGUACUUGGCCCCUACCACGGCCGGACUUUAGCAACCCGGCUGACUCCAACACAUCCUCGCCAGCUCCUUCCGUCAAACAGGAGCCCACCAACAAUGCUGACUUCAUCAACAAUCUCAGCUUGUUAGAGGAGAAUGAAGACUACCCGGAGCAGAAGCCCCUGGGCCUGUGCAGUGACUUCUCAUGUCAGGAGAACUGUAUCCAGACUCAUCCACAUCAACAGCAGCAGCAGCAGCUGCCGAGCCCACAGAUAGCGCACCAGCAACAGGUGCCCCUGCUCUCCUCUCCGGUCGGCUCGACCUCGUCGGUGGCGGCGGCCGCUGCUGCCGCUGCUCAGCGGAAGAGCAGCUCGUCUCGCCGUAAUGCCUGGGGAAAUAUGUCUUACGCUGAUCUCAUCACGAAGGCUAUCGAGAGCUCCCCGGAGAAGCGCCUCACCUUGUCGCAGAUUUACGACUGGAUGGUGAAGAGUGUCCCUUAUUUCAAGGACAAGGGUGACAGCAAUAGCUCUGCCGGUUGGAAGAACUCCAUUCGGCACAACUUGUCCCUGCACAGCCGUUUUGUGCGCGUGCAGAACGAGGGCACGGGCAAGAGCUCCUGGUGGAUGCUGAACCCUGAGGGGGGCAAGAACGGCAAGUCGCCCCGCCGCCGCGCCGCCUCCAUGGACAACAACAGCAAGUUCGCCAAGAGCCGGGGGAGGGCCGCCAAGAAAAAGAUGGCUCUGCAGGGUGGGCCUGAGGGUGGCGCGGACAGCCCCGGCUCCCAGUACAACAAGUGGCCCGGCAGCCCCAACUCGCACAGCAACGACGACUUCGACACCUGGAACGGCUUCCGCCAGCGCACCAGCUCCAACGCCAGCACGCUGAGCGGGCGCCUGUCGCCCUUCAUGCCCGAGCAGGACGACCUGGGCGACGGCGACGUGCACAUGGUGUACCCGGGCGGGCCCGGCGCCAAGAUGGCGGGCACGCUGCCCAGCCUGUCGGAGAUGGCCAGCUCCCUGGGCCACCACCCGCACCCGCACCACCACCACCACAGCUCGGAGAACGUCAUGGAGAACCUGCUGGACAACCUCAACCUGCUCUCCCCGAACAACGCGUCGCAGGUGGGGCCGGCGGGGACCCCGGGCGCCCCCUCUUCGGCCCAGGGCUCCGCGCAGUCCUCCCCGUCCCCCAUGAUGCAGGGAAGCCCCGGGUACCCGAGCCCGUACAGCUCCCCGAGCCUGGGGGGCAACGGCGGCAGCCAGCCCCAGGGGCCCCAGGAGUACCGCAAGUGCCUGUACGGCCAGGCGGGCAUGAACUCCCUGUCGCCCAUGCCCAUGCAGCCGCUGGCCGAGAACAAGGCCAGCAGCUUCGGGCCGGCGCUGGGCCAGUUCGCCUGCCCGGCGGGGCUCCUCAAGGAGCUCCUGACGUCCGACAGCGAGGCCCACGGGGAGCUCAUGCCCUCGGUGGACACGGUGGUGACCCAGUCGGGCGGCAACGGCGUGGUCGUGGGCGCCGGAGGGCGCAUGCUGCCCCCGUACAGCAGCCCCGGCCCGGUCCAGCACGGGCGCUCCGAGCUCAUGGGCGGCGGCGGCAGCGGUCAGCAGCACGGCAGCCACGCCCUGCCCCCGCCGCACCCGCACGCCCACGGCGUGGUGCACAACCAGGGACCGCAGGCGCCCGUGGCCAUGAACGGCCGCCCCAUGCUGGCCCACGCCAACAUGAGCCACAACUCGAUAGGACCGGUCGGGCGCCUGAGCACCGUCAAGACCUUACCCAUGCCCUUCAACCCGAUCGCCCACCUGGGAGGUGGCAUCGGCGGCGGGCCCCUGACCUACUGCACCCUCCACAGCCCCAACGGUUACGGCGGGGGGCGCCCGGGCCCCCUGCUCCACCACCCGAGCCAGCACGCGCACCCGGAGAAGCUGCCCAGCGACCUGGACGACAUGUCCAUCGAGCGCUUCGAGUGCGACGUGGAGUCCGUCCUGCACGACACGCUCAUGGACGGCGACUCGCUGGACUUCAACUUCGAGCCGGUGGUGCCCCAGCAGGGCUUCCCGCACGGCGUCAAGACCACCACGCACAGCUGGGUGUCCGGCUAGACGGGAGGACAGGGGGAGCAGGGGCCGCACUCACGCUCGCUCACAGCUCCAAUCCAUAUGCAUCUCAGAAUGGAACAUGGCAAGCCCACGGACGCCAUCCUCAUCCACCCAAAGAUGCUGUACCCAAACUCCUCUGGUCGCUCAUCAAAAAGCCCUCGGCAGCUUUGGCUGUGGCUGCUCCCAAGCACACUCAGACAUUCAUUCAGGUUCAGGAGGACACUUCUUGUCUUUUCAUUCUUUUUUCUGCCACUGUACCACGUCGUCGCAACCAAGUGCCAAACUCUUUGCCUUUGAACUUCAGAGCCAAAAUUGAUGUGCACUGUCGAUGCUGCCUUCUUAUUGCAGUUGAUCAUUCAUAGAACCAGUGGAUUACACUCUGAUGAGUGUUGUUUUUUCUGUCGUUUUUACAACUGCAACUCACAAACGAAUACACACACACACACACACACACACACACACACAAACAAAAUGCACACAAAUGCCUCCUGAAGACACCAAUGUCUCAGUGGGAUAAUUUUUUUAUUGAUUGAUAUAAUGAAGCUGAAAGAUUUGCUCAGAGGCCUUGCUCACACCAGCUCUUAAAAUCACCCACAGUGCCCCAGGUCAGCAGCAAGCACCCGCUGAAAGAACAUGAGAUACCUGUCUGAACAUUUAGCUCACUAGCCGGAACUCUCAGCCGAUCGUUCCCUUCACGAAACCCCUCUAUCUGCCCACCCUCCGUUAGGAAUUUCAUUUGAGAGUCAGGGCCUUCAUGGUGUAGUGGGGAAUCCCCUGAAGGAAUGGCUUACAGGAGUCCCAGAGUUUGAGGGCUACCGGAGGGAGAACUGGAAUAUGGAGGGUGUUUAGGGUUAUGUGUCACUGCCCAGGGCUCUGUUUCUCCAGAAAGCCCAGUUAUACUGUGUCGGCCUCAGAGGGUAGCCGAAGAUGGGCCAGACCCGUUUCCAAGUCGAUGUCUCUUGAGGAGGCCUCUCAAACUACAGUAUGUCAUGACACUUUUUUUUCCGCUUUCGUUUCGUUGUUCUCGUAGUUAGACAUCUCUGUAUUUCUUUUGUUUGUGUUGUGUCACUGUUUUUGGCUUGGCUUUGGCAUGUUAGAAGGAGGAGUGUUUUUACUAGGUCAUGUACAGAGAAUGUUUACAUUGUGCGAGCAACAGUUAGAUUCGUAGUUUUGUUUUUGUAAAUUGGGAAAGAAGAACUGGAUUUUCAGUGGACUUUCACACUUUGAGGGUGCUUCUCGGUUGGACUAGACCUGGCUGUUUCCAUAUUUCUUGUAAAUACCAACAAUACAUAAAUACACACUCAGACACACACAUAUAUUGAAAAACGUUAAGUAGAUAUAUAUUGAGAUUUUUAUUGUUAUCGUUGAUGUUAUUAUUUUUGUUUUGAUUCAGCUGCAAGUUCUGCACGCACAUGUCUCAAGUGUUCUGUCUGUUCUGAGUAGAUUCUAAGCAGAGUAAACCUUAUCGUUAUUAAUAUUAUUCCGGCGAGAGUGGUAGUUCUAAACUGCUAGCUGGAAACUGGCUUGGCCACUGCAGAUAUGAGGAUGUUGCUCCCUCAAACUUGCAGAGAAAGUCAAAUUUCCCUCCCUUUAAGAAGGUUGUGAGGGAACGGUUAGCUUUUGUGUUGUUUAUUUAUUUGGUGGAAGGAGACUUCGUAUGUUCAUAGUAUGCCUCAGUUUUAACGCAUAGACGUGCUCGUUACUAUAACCCCCCCUUCCCCAACCCUCCUCUUUUUCUGGGGGCCACGAUAUGAAACGUGCCGGCGUCGUUGACGUGAUUUGUUUUUCUUAAAAUGAGCUGCCUUCUUCACAAUGGUUAGGUGACUGCGUCGACCAUUUUUUUUUUUUUCGCUAUGGAGAGGGUUCACGGUUUUUUUCGUUCAGAUAGUGUGCAGUUACCUCUCUACCUCUGUCAGGCUUUCCAUCCUCUGCUGUUCCUCUUGCCUUCCGUCAUCCUCCCCACCCACUCACCCUACACGCUCCCACGUCCACCUCCUCUUUUCCAGCUGUCACUGAAUUUGACACAUUCGCUAAUCUAAUGAUGCAACACGAUCCCCACUAAUGACUUUGGCUCCUGUCUUUAAUCAAGGAUUAAAUCAAGUCGUGCUCCUCAUUGUCUCUCGACAGCCGGAGCAAGUCUUAUCCAAAGCCUGAACGAGCCUUAUACGUGGUGGAAAUGUUGCCUUCUAAAGUGCUCUUAAUUGGCGAAUGCAUAACUAAGACCCUAACAAUCAAGGGAUGUCACACUAAGGAGUUAUAUUUAGAUGCGUAAUUAGCUAUAUUUAGAUACCUAAUGAGCUAUGUUUAGACACCUCCUAUGUGAGUGAGCAUUCUCUUUCCAUGACGCAAGUAAAAACAGUGAGUAGUAUCUCAGAUGUUUAAAGCAUAAGAACUCGCACUGAACUCAAACAACCACAGGCAAUAUGGAAAGUAGUCUAGCUAUGAGGAGAGGAGAACGGACAGAGGAGUAUGAGGUAGAUUGAAUGUCCAUAUUGUCCGUACAACAGUUUGAUCGUAACUCCUUCAGAGAUGCCCUGAGCCAUCCUGAUCUCGUGCAGCUGUAUGUGGGCCAUUGUCCUCAGCUGUUGAGUCAGAUCCCGAGAUUGACUUCGUUUAGGUUGUGAAAGUGGAUUCUCUGGAGGUUGUUAUUGAAGCAGGCGACACCCAUUUGACUAACUGAUUCCUGAUAGCUCCUUGUCCGUGUAAAUAACAACUCUCAUUUCAAGCGAUAUUCUUUUUUUUCAGAGCUGCAGAGCUGCAGCUGAUAGAAGAGAUUGAAGUCAUUGAGUUGCCUGUUUAGCGUCUGUCUAUGUUGUACUGCUAAGCUCAGAGAAAGUAAGAGCAAAACUCACACAUGAAUCCUUCUUUGUAAAUUAUAUGUGCAGGUCACUCAUUUCAUACAUAACCAUUCUAUCAUCCCAUGUCAAUUUUAAAAGGAUGCUUAAAAAUAUAUAUUAUUAUGCUAUGUAUUAAGAAGUGUAAAUGAUUGCUUUGUGAAAUUUGCAAGUGAUCAUACCUAUGCAUUUUCAUACUUUAAUUUUAUUUUUUUUGCCUGUCUGUUUUUUCUGUAUUUGUUUUUACUGAUUAUAUGAAACGUUUUAUGUAUUAUAGCAUUGUGGACAUGUUAUGUCAUUGUCGAAAAUGUUGGUUUCAAAUAGUUAUUUCAGAAAAAAGAUAUGAAGUAUAUUUAGAACUUAGAGGAUUUACUUGCCUUUUGUAAACUGACACUGUUAUCCUUGUAUUCAGCAACAGUUUGUAGGAAAAAUAGAAAACACAAAAAUACAUAAACUUAUUGUCUAAGUACAGAAUUGGAAAAAUAUUAUUAAUUGUCUGAAUUAUCUGUGUUCAGAUGGUGAAUUUUGGACCAAUUUUUUAGAAGAGAAAAUAUAAAUUUAAAUAUUGCACUUUUACCUUAACAUACAUUUUAUAACUUGUUCCUCAUAGAGAGACUAAGAAGUAAAUACAUGAGUUAUUUUAAAACAAACUGUUACAUUUAUUAACUUAUACACAGAAAUGAAUCGAUUUUCAAUCAGAAGAAUAUAUCACACAAUGUGCAAUUUGUUUAUGUAUUAGAGAAAAGAGAAGAAGUAAAAACGUCUAUAUGGAACAUCAAGGGUUCGGGAGGGAGUGUUGCCAUUUUGAAAUGAUUUGACUGGCGUGAUGUUGAUGUGUAUCUACCUUUCUAUUUCUUUAUUGAAGCUUUUUGGCAGUGAGCAAGAUAAAUUUCUGUCAGGUGGCCACAACAUGUAACAUAUUUACCCGAAACGCCUGUGAGGUCGCUCCGUAAAUCAGAAGCCUGAUGCACUUGUACCAUGAUGCAAGAACAGAAUUAUGUUGUCGCUGUGUGAAGCCAUAUGUGUACAUAAAUUAUGUUACAUAAAGAU